GACUUUUCGGUGUUUGAGCAGUGCUCAGCAGGCAGUGCAAUUUGCAUCAUCUGUCGUCCACCGGCUGGAGCUAUCACUCUGCCCCUCGUCUCUCACCCCGUUUGUCUGUGUAGCUCCAAAACAUGGCGGCCCUCAAAGCUUUGUGCAGAGCGGAGAAUUUAUUCUUCAGACACCUCUCAGGUCCCUGUACAACAAAAUCUAACGUCGCUUAUCUGCAAUUGAGCAAGACCUCUGGUUGCUACUUCUCUACCUCCAGUCAAAGAAGAUCAAAGUUCUACUCAGAUCCUACAGAGGCAGUCAAAGAUAUCCCAGAUGGAGCUACUCUGUUAGUUGGAGGUUUUGGACUUUGUGGUAUCCCAGAGAAUCUUAUCAACAGUUUACUGAAGACCGGUGUUAAGGGUCUCACCGCUGUCAGCAACAAUGCUGGAGUGGAUAACUUCGGCCUGGGUCUGCUGCUGCAGACUAAGCAGAUCAAGAGGAUGAUCUCCUCGUACGUCGGGGAGAACGCAGAGUUUGAGCGACAGUAUCUGUCAGGGGAGUUGGAAGUGGAGCUGACACCACAGGGUACUUUAGCAGAGAGGAUCAGAGCAGGGGGGGCCGGGAUUCCAGCCUUCUUCACAGCCACCGGUUAUGGCACGCUAAUCCAAGAGGGAGGCUCUCCUAUUAAGUACAACAAAGAUGGCAGCAUUUCCAUCGCCAGCGAGAAGAGACCAGUGCAGGAGUUUAAUGGCAGGCAAUACAUCAUGGAAAAGGCCAUCACUGGAGACUUUGCACUAAUCAAAGCAUGGAAAGCUGACAGGGCUGGAAACGUUGUUUUCAGAAAAACAGCCAGGAACUUCAACCACCCUAUGUGCAAGGCGGCCAAAACCACCAUCGUUGAGGUGGAGGAGGUGGUGGACGUUGGGACCUUUGCUGAAGAGGACAUCCACAUACCUAGCAUCUAUGUACACAGGGUCGUCAAGGGAGCCGGCUACGAGAAAAGGAUUGAGAAACGCACAGUAAAGAAAAGCCAAGCAGAGAAACCCAAACCAAAGAAGGACUCAGACAUUGUUCGGGAAAGGAUCAUUCGCAGGGCUGCUCUGGAGUUUGAGGAUGGCAUGUAUGCCAACCUUGGUAUCGGUAUCCCCAUGCUGGCCAGCAACUUCAUGAAACCAGACAUCACUGUACACCUUCAAAGUGAAAAUGGAAUUUUGGGACUGGGCCCAUACCCCACUGAAGAUGCAGUGGAUGCAGACUUGAUUAACGCUGGGAAGGAGACUGUCACUGUGCUCCCUGGGGCCGCCUAUUUUUCCAGUGAUGAGUCAUUCGCCAUGAUCCGAGGAGGUCACGUCAACCUGACAAUGCUGGGAGCCAUGCAGGUGUCAAAACACGGAGACCUAGCCAACUGGAUGAUUCCAGGUAAGAUGGUGAAAGGGAUGGGAGGAGCCAUGGAUCUGGUGGCAAGCGCUGGCACCAAAGUGGUUGUCACCAUGGAGCACUCGGCCAAGGGGGGAAAACACAAGAUAUUGGACAAAUGCAUCCUGCCUCUGACAGGGAAGCAGUGUGUGGAUCGGAUCAUCACAGAAAAGGCUGUGUUUGAUGUGGAUAAGACAAAAGGCCUGACUCUGAUAGAAGUGUGGGAGGGGCUGACUCCAGAGGAUAUCAAGGCAUGCACUGGCACUGAGUUUGAGGUGUCUCCUAACCUGAGGCCCAUGCAGCAGAUCUAGAGGAGCUUUUGAGGGAUCUUAGAAGUGUUAGUGGCUCUCAUUUUAUCUCUGCGUGGUACACAGCUGUUGAUUUAGCAGCCUGAGACUGGUCAAAUAAGCUAAUAAACCAGACAUGCUAUGUUCAGUUCCUUGGUAAUCGGCAUGCAAACCUCAGAAGGAUUUAAUGCUCACUUACAUUCACUGACAGGGAUUCACAUGAUCCAAAAUGCAUGAGUAUUUUUUUUUGUGAUGUUUUCUGACAAAAAGGGAAAUUACUUUGCUGCCUAUCACACCGUUAAGUUAUUAACUUUGUUCUAAUGUUUGUAAAGCUGUUACUAAAAAUCUAUCAGAAAAUUACACAAAAAAUCUGGGAAUAUUCUUAAUACUGUAUGUCUUCCAAGACUACUCCACCUAUGAAGACAAGGGAUGCUGAUAUUUGAAGAUGAAUUGUAUUAACUGUAGAUAGAUAAGUUACUGAAACAUGCACUCAAGAGCCGAAAUGUAAUGAAGAAAACAUUUGUGUGCUGCCAGUCAGGUUAAUUUUUAAUUCAAUACUAAAACAAAUAUGUAUUUAGUUGUUUAAAAUUGUGCCACAGAAUGUGAAGGAAUGUAAGAUGUCUGUUUUCUUUCAUUGGGAAAAUAAGCAGGAUGUAAAAUAUCACCUGACUGUAGUAUGUUUGUAAUAAUAAGCUCUGCCAUAGUGAGGAAAUGUUAAGAGUCUCUUCUCUCAGCCUCACAUGUAUCAGAGUCGACAGUAGUUGAGCUAGAAAAAAUGAAGCCUUAACAUUUUGUACACAGACAUUUACCAUCCUCUUUCUUCUCUUUGUACAGAAAUAAAAUACAGUCGUGUGCUGAGCUAAAAACUGAAA